AUGUUGAAUGAAAACUAUAUUGAUAUAUGUUAAAUAUUUAAUACAUAUUUUGGAAAAAUAAUAUCUCGAUUUUUCAUUUCAUAAAAAACAUACCCUAAUAAAUAUUUCUAAGUUUAUAAUAUAAAGAUUUUCUUAAAAUCAAACCAAAUUUAUAUUGACUCAAUAAAAUCAAACUUCAAGGAUUGUAUAUUUUACUCCAAAAUCCAGUUGCAAGUCCAAAUUGACAAAGAAUGCUUUAGGAACAUUUAAAGCAUUUUAAAACGAUAAGGAACUGCUCAAUAACAUAGAACAGUUGUUGUUUGAAAAGCAAAAUUAUUAAGCUGAAUUUAAUUUAAAUGAUCGACUUGGAUGAACACAUACCUAGUAGUAUUGGAAGGGCGGACGAAAUAAACACAAGACCGAUGUCUGAUAACGGAUGAGGGAUUUCCCACAUUUUUCCCUGGCACGAAAAUAGCACGAUUAUCUAACGUAAACAUACUGACAUCUGUCUUGCGGGCAAUUCGACAUUUGAUUCGAAGCGACAUGUGUACCAUUACCAAAAGCUGUUCACUUUGAGCGGCGAACGCGAUUUGUCAUGUUAUAAAACCCAUUAAAUUAUUUCAGGCAUAUUCAAUAUAUUCAAUAUAUAUAUAUUUAUGAAUAUUUUUAUGUGUAUAUCGAUGUCGGCUAUAGUUUUGUUGUAUUUUAUAAUGUUUUUCGCGUUGCGCCGCUGAAACGAUCGACUGCGAUAACGUAAAAUAAUGCGAUUGUUUGACUGCAAUAUUAAAGAAUAAUACACGUUCGCGCGCACCAUGAUCCUUCACGACGGAAUGAUGUUUGACGACGGGUCAUCGUACCAGCAAAAGAUGUUCGACAGGGCAGCCGUACUCUUGCAAAAGUUUCCGUUCCGUUUCCUCAACAGAGUUUCCAGAGAGAACGCCGCCGAGCGGUCCGGCAACUCGCGCAAAAUGACGUUUUACUACUCGAAACGUUUCCCAAACAUGUGUACGAGCUCGUCGUUCUACGACGACGUAAUGAACAUCGCAGAAAUGCACGUGAACUAUUACCAAUCUCGUUGGUUUGAUUUUGGUGAACUAUGUUCAGAGCCAUCUUUCAAUGAAUCUACAGUUCCAUGGACUAAUCGUUCAGUAUUACGACCAAUACAUUCACAAAAUACGUUUGUCCAUAGUGUCAAUUACAAUUAUAAUAACAAUCAGAGGGAUUUAACAAAUAAUAAUACUCUUAAAGUUCAAUUACCCAAUAAAUUAGUCACCAUACUAGUACCAACACCUAGUUCUGUCGAAUCAUUUUCAGCAUCUAGUUCGCCAUUAGAUUUUGAAGAGCCUAUUACACCUAUAAAAGUAAUGUCUAAAAAUAAUGAUUUACAAAAAUCACCAGAAGAGAAUAAUAAUAAAAUACAUGUCAUAGAGGUUGAUGAUACCAAAAAUGGCAGCAUUGACUCUGAUAGUUCUAGAUCUGAUACUACUAUUGAUGAAAAGACUGUUUCAUAUGCGGAAAUCAUAAAAUAUUCCAAACCUAUAAAACAAAAACAAUCUGAAAAGCCUGAAUACAAUAUUAUUGAAGAAUCUAAAAAAGAAUCUAUUAAAUCUAUUAGAAUUCCGCCAUCUAAAAAAAUAUCAAUUAAGCUGCCUGAUGCUCCGUUUCUACCAAAUAAUCAACAUUGUGCUUUUUGUAAAAACAAUGGUGAAGAAGAAUCAGUUUAUAGAACACAUUUUGUUAAAGAUGAACUAGGGAAUGUGAAGUGUCCAUUCUUAUCAAGGUACACAUGUCCACAUUGUAAGGCAACUGGGACUAAAGCACAUACUAUUAGUAGAUGUCCAUUAAGUAAUAAAAAUAGAAUUAAUAAAUUUAAUAAACAUCAGUGAUAACAUAGAAUUCAUUGUUAACAUUAUUUUAAUAUAUAUAUAUUUUUAAAUAUUAUUUGUUUAAUUUAUUGUUUCUUUUAUUAUAAUAGAGCAAAUUAAAAAUUUUAAAUUAAAAUAACUAUAUUUACUUGAUAUUUUUUACAUUUUAUUCUUUUAGAUUUUGUUACAAGUAUACAACUAUUAAUUAAUAAUUUAGGACAAUUUCGUUCGUGUUUAUUCAAGUUUAUAAAAUGUUAUAUGUUUUAAGAUUUAAAUGUUUAUAUCAGUUUAUUUAAAGAAUAAGUGAGAUUAUAAU